ACAACCAGAUCGGGCAUCAACCGUCUGGGCUAUCGUUGCACAGUUCAAUAACGUUAAGAAUUGUGUCACCAGCACCAUCAUUCAGCCUCAGCAGCUAAAACCACGGCAGAGGGCUAAAAUCAUUGAGAAGUGGAUUGAUGUUGCCAAGAUUCCAUGUCAGCUGUUUGCAAUCUUGACUCUAUUCUGUCAGGAGUAAUUUGUUUUAUUCCCUUGACGAGGAGCACGAAGACAACAUUUGAAGAUCUUUCAAGUCUAUUCUCCGAAGACGACAACAUCAUGACAAGUAGCCAGCGGAAAAUGCAGAUUAGAUGCAGUGAAUGAAUAGCUGGUUUUCUCUGUCCAUUUUCAAGAUGGAGCUUCAAAAUUUGCCACCCUCAACAGCACCUUGAAAGAGAACGAAAUACUGACACACAAAACACUGAAAGUAACAAAGAAGAAGGGUAUAGUUCAGGGAAUUGUACCAUACCAGGGAACUUUCUUCACGGACUUAACAAAACUGGAUUCGGCUUUCCCCAAUUAUCGUUUCGAAUAUGAAAUAAUUUCGCAUCUUAAAUGCAUGCAGUUUGCUUGGACAUGUUGCAUCCUUCGUCCAGACGAGAAGUUUCUGGACUUGUUCUUCAUGCAACAAUACUUAAGUAAGAAUAACAAUUCCAGUAUUUCCUCUGAACUGGAGAAACCAGCAAAGCCCAAAAAGAGCGUGUUUAAGCUCCUCAGCUGGAGAGGUGUUAAAGCAAACAGCACACCAACUAAAAGCUCUCAGCAGCCGACAUCCCCUGAGAGUGACGAUUGUGAAGAAAGCAUUGCUUCAGCCAGAAUUUCGGGAGAUUGCAGCAACUUUGAAAUGCAAGAGCACAGCACUUCGCAAAAUCCACCGGAAAAGUCACUGAAAUCCACAGACACCACCUCCCCAGGAGAUUCACGCAAUAGUGGUGUGCCAUCAAAUCCACAAUGUGACAUCGCGAAGUCUCGGAAGCGUGCUUGCUCAGGCAGGUUCGAGAGUACAACACGCCCCCGAUACAACCAACAAAAUGGGGAAAACUGCCUCAUUCAUGUGGGUUUUGAGCAAGACAAAGCAAAAGAAUUUAAAACUAUUUUGGUGACUAACCAAGACCGGGUAUCGGACACCUUCACGAAAGCAAUGGCCGUGCUCGGAUUUGAAACCGACCGUCCUCAGGAUUAUGAUCUUGCACAGAUCAUAGAAUCAAAGAAAGAAGUGACCAUGUAGCUGCUGGAUCAUUCAUGAACCAUUUGGGGUUUUGCAUUGUUGUUCAGCAAGGAGAAUCUGACAUCUUUACCUGGGCUAUUGUGUGCUUGGCUGACUCUUCAGUGGCCUCCGAUGUGGCCGAACAAAGCUACUCGAUUGUACAAACUGUCAUGAAGAAGGCAUGUGCCAUCAGGCGUCUAGGGAUAUGAAAUGAAUUUGAGUCUUGACCAACAACGCUGACCCUGAGAAA